UUUAGAAUAUUUUUUCAUAGUUGCAUGAUUCAUGUACUUUCCCUCCCCACUCCUGUAGCCAACAAGCAAUUCCACUGGGUUUUACAUGUAUCAUUAUCAAGACCUAUUUUCAUAUUAUUAAUAUUUGCAAUAGAGUAGUCAUUUAGAGUCUACAUCUACAGCAGCCUUUUUUGUGACGGCAAAAAAUUGGAAAUUAAGGGGAUGUCCAUCAAUUGGGGAAUGGUUGAACAAAUUGUGGCAUAUGAUGUUGAUGGAAUACUAUUGUGCUGUAAGGAAUGGUGAACAACAUGAUUUCAGAAAGAGAUGGAAAGACCUACAUGAUACAGAGUGAAAUAAGCAGACCCAGGAGACCAUUGUAUACAAUAAUUGUACACACAUUGUAUACACAGCAAUAUUGAGAAAUGAUCAACUGUGACAGACUUGCUCAACAAUGCAAUGAUCCAGGACAAUUCUGAAGGACUUAUGACAAAAAAAUGCUAUCCACCUCCAGGGAAAAAACUGUUAGAAUUGGAACACAUAUCAAAGCAUACUAUUUUUCACUUUAGUUUAUCUGGGUUUUUAUUUGGGGGUUUUGGUUUUGUAUGAUUAUUCUCUUACAAAAAUGAACAAUAUGGAAAUGUUUUGCAUGAUAAUACAUGUAUACCCAGAUCAAAUUGCUUACCUUCUCCAGGAAACAGGAAGGAAAGGAGGGAGAGAAAUAAUUUGGAUCAUAUAACUUCAGAAAAUUUAUGUGGAAAGUUGUUAUUACAUGUUAUUGAUAAAACAAAAUAUCUUUAAAAAGAAAAAAACUUAGAACUGGAAUCCCUUGGAGCCUGAGGGACCUGAAAUUACAGGUUAGUGGCCUGGUGUAUUCCUGGGCCUCCUACAGGCCAAAGUUAGCUCCACCCCCAAAGGUGACAAUUAGAACUUAGAAGCCGUUACCUUGUCAACAGGUGGGUCAGUGUUCUGCCAGGAAUAGUCAGCUGCCGCAAGUUAGUGGUCAUGCUGAUAUGGGUCCUGUGCACUUCUCCACCCCAGGUUCUUCUCUGUGGGCAUCUCUGCCCUGCCUAGGUCUUGGCCUUGGAUUGAGGCUCUGCUCUGCUUCCUCAACCUAAAAGUGGGACAGUUUUCUGCAGGGGGCUGCUGUUAGCAUCCUGCCAUCUCUACUCCUAGUGAGGGGCACCGAAAUAAUGAGUGCCAACCCACAGUGGGAUAUCAGCAAGGCCUUGAUGGUGGCUCGGUUCUUUCACCUUCUGUGUGGUGCCAGAGAUGCUUGUGUGACCCCCUUCCUAACUCUCUACCUGAGGCAGAUGGGCCUUAUUGCCCCCUGGGUAGGUAUCUUAAUGGGCACUAAGCACUUGAUUGCCACCACCUGGGCCCCAAUAUGCUCCUUCCUGGCCAAGAACUAUCAGAAGAGGCAGCUACUCCUGAUAGGGUCACUGCUGGGUUCAGCGGCUGCUGGUCUGCUUCUGACUCUCAUAAGUCCCCUGGACAAAGCUUUGGUGUAUCGGUUUUGUAAUGGCAGCAGCAGCCUGAUGCUCCCUAUCAACACAACCCUGGAAAAAGAAUUGGCUCCAAACCAUUCAGCUGGGAUAAAGAACUUUACAAUAAGAGUCAGGAGCCCUGGGCAAGAGUUGGUCUCUGGCUUCUUCAUUAGUCCUCUCGGAAAUGACCAAGAAACUGUCCUUACAAAGGAACAAUUCACAGCUCUGUCUGCUCUUCCAGGAGCCUACUUUGAGAAAGCUAGGAUAACUGUCCAGGCCACUACCCCUCUGAUGAACAAAGAGCGUGAAAUGGAAACCUCCCCCAGUCAGACAAAAAGGAGUCAAGUAAACUCAAGAGUGAUGAUGGGGAAAGGUAACCCCCAGCGCAGCAUGUUUGAAACAACAGACUCUAGUCUACCUCUACUUCAUGUUGGCUCUGAACUAAAAACUCCAGGUACUCUGGUGAAUCUGUCACUGGCUGAGAGGACAAGAGCUCAGGACAGGAGCUUGGCCCUCUCCUUAGGGGAGCAUUGGCUCUUUCUUCUUUCUAUGAUGGCAGUGAUGUUCUGGGAACUCCUGUCUGCCCCUCUGGGGCCUGCUGCUGCCGAUAGCCUCUAUGAAUAUCUGGAUUUUGUAGAUGCCACUGACUGCUACAGAAGGCUCUGGGUUUGGAAAUUGCUGGGCAUGUCUAUAGGAGUGUGCAGUGUCCCAGUCUUGGUGGUUCAACUCGACUGUUUCCUGGCAGAGGACACUCCCAGAGCGGCAGUACACUUCUAUGGCUACACUGCGUUCAGUAUACUGGCCUUGCCUGUCUGCUUUGCUAUUCCUAUUCCUAACUUCAAGAGGAGGGAGCCUGGCCACAAAGCCAUCAAAGCACUGAGCCUAAUUGGAAAUGACUGCCUCCUUUUCCUAUUGGCUGUCACAGUUUUCUUGACUGGGGCUACAGUGGCUAACAUAGAGAAUUUCCUCUUCUGGCAGAUGCAAGACCAAGGCAGCAGUGAGUUGAGCAUGGGGCUUUCUGUCACCCUCAGUUUGGUGGGUGAGAUUCUAUUGCAUCCCUUCAAAGCUAAAAUACUUAAGAAUCUGUCUAGUUUGGGUACCCUGGGGCUGGGGCUGGGCUGCCUUUCUGGGCAGCUUCUCUAUUACUCUUUACUUUGGAACUGGUGGGCAAUAUUUCCUGCUCAAAUCUUUGGUGCCAUCAGUAAUGGGGCCCUGUGGUGGGCAGUGGAUGCAUUAGUGGAAGACCUGGUGAUUCCUGGCACAGAAAGGUCUCUGAGUGUGAUGUUGAGAGGCCUCUUUUAUGGGAAUGGGGCAAGCCUAGGCAGCUUUAUAGGGGGCUUUGUGGUGCUUCAUUAUAGUCUGGCUGUUCUAUAUAAAACUCACUGUGUAGUUCUGUCCCUUUGGUUAGUUUUAUUCAUCGCUAUCCAGUCAAAGCUUCCCCAACAUAGAAAAAUCAAUUACUCAAAGCUAUUGGCCGUGGAUACUGCUGAUGCCAGUGAUUCUGAGGAAGGGGCUGAACGGGACUGGCUUAUAAAAGCUAUGAGGGAUGAACAUUUGACAGGAAGGGCUAAAAACAAAUAUUAAAUCUAGCUAAGAUGCCUUACCCAGGAAAAGGACCAGUUUGCUGCUGCUUAAAAUUAACUGUUGGCAGGCAAAAUUAAAGAGGAUUGUCUUGGGUUGUAGAUAGCUAAAGGAGAUCAGAUAACAGUUUUGUGCCAGUGGGUUGAUAUGAUCAUCUUAUUUUCUAUUAUAUAAUUUCAUUAAAAUACAUUUAUAGCAAAUAAA